CGCGUUCGCGAAGCGUUUGCGGAUGCGGUUGGCGAACGGCUCCGUUCACAUACACCAGAACGCGAUCGGCGGUUUCUCGGCGGUUACCGAUUGCUUCGCCAUCUUUCGAGACUUUCGUUUGGCAACCAUGUUUUACAAUCCAAAAUCCACUCUGCUCUACAAUCCAAACUGAAGCCGAAUCCUCUCGGCUUGCGGCUUGGAAAGAAACAUGGACGACUCCACGAGCGACGGCAGUGACGAAGAAGCUGUUGCAGUUGCUUUGGUGACGCUAGUUUUGGCGUCCGCUGAAAGAAGCGAGCGGCGUCGUCCUCGUAGAUGGUGGGUCCGUCCUUGCUUCCGUGACCGUGACGAGAAUGGACAGGGGGCGAACCUCGUUCCCCUUCUUCGCGAGCGGGACCUUGAGUACUACCGGGACUUCCUGAGGAUGCCUCCCAGCGCCUUCGAUACAAUCCUCGGCUUGAUCGGCGACAGAACCAGGAAAGAGGACACGAACUUCCGCAAGGCCAUUCCUCCGGACGUGCGCCUCGCCCUCACCAUCAGGUUUCUUGCCGCUGGGGAGACGUUGAGAAGCGUAUCCUAGAACUUCUUGACGGCAAGGUCAACAUGCUGCGAGAUAAUACCCGAG